AUGCCAACUCUCGCGAUAGUCAACUUCAACAUUGUCUGUGCGACGCUGGGCGGCUUUGUCUCCCUCUUCGGAUUGGUGUCGUAUCUGUGCAAGGAUCGAUUUUACCUGUCCGAAGCACUGAUCUCGUUGCUGGCCGGAGUCGCAUUCUCGCCCCAUGCUGCCAAUUUCAUCAGGCCCGAGGAGUAUGCACUGCAUUCCGAGCAAAAUCUAGAGGCUGUCACUCUGCACUUCACCCGUCUGGUCCUCGGGGUGCAGCUUGUCUUGGCCGGAGUGCAGCUCCCCAAACGCUAUCUCCAGAUCGAAUGGAAGAGCUUGUCUUUGUUGCUAGGGCCCGGCAUGACUGCGAUGUGGAUGUGCAGCAGUUUAAUCAUCUGGGCCAUGGUCCCCAAUUUCAAGUUCCUUCAUGCCUUGGUCGUCGGGGCCUGCGUGACCCCGACAGAUCCCGUGCUGUCUAACUCUAUCGUCAAGGGCAAGUUUGCAGACAAGCAUGUUCCUCCUCCACUUCAAAGGAUCAUUGUCGCCGAGUCGGGUGCCAACGACGGACUUGGCUACCCCUUUCUCUUCUUUGCUAUUUACCUGCUCAAAUACACUGGCAUGGGAGGUGAAGGUUUCAGUGGCGGUGCAGGGAAGGCAAUGGGGUUGUGGUUCUAUGAGACAUGGGUGUACACCAUCCUUUUGAGCAUCGUCUACGGCGUUGUGGUUGGCUGGCUGUCGAGAAGGCUGCUCCAUUGGGCAGAAGAAAGGCGUUAUGUCGACCGAGAGAGCUUUCUGGUGUUUGCAAUUGCUCUUGCGCUGUUCAUUGUGGGAACUUGCGGUCUCAUUGGAACGGAUGACCUUCUGGCGUGCUUUGUUGCUGGAAAUGUCUUUACUCAAGAUGAUUGGUUUCGGCUCGAGACCAUAGAUGAUUCACUGCAGCCGACUAUCGACAUGCUACUCAACUUGGCUAUGUUUAUGUGGUUCGGUGCAGUUUGCCCGUGGUCAUCUUUCCUGAACAAUAACGUCAUUCCGAUCUACCGGCUGAUUUUCCUGGGGAUUUUGAUUCUUCUGGUUCGCCGGUUACCGAUCGUCCUUGCCAUGCACAAAUACAUCAGCCAGAUCGAGAAUUUCUCCCAGGCCGCAUUUGCCGGGUUCUUUGGCCCGAUUGGAGUGGGUGCCAUCUUUUAUCUGUCAAUCAGUCUUGAAUUUCUCCAGGAGAUCAAGGUCGAUGGCCAGGUACGAGAGGAUGUGCAGCAGGUGAUCGAGGCCAUUGAGGUCGUGGUGUGGUUCUUGGUUGUCUGCAGUAUUGUUGUACAUGGUCUGUCGGUCCCUGUCGGAAAGGCUGGCUAUCAUCUUCCACGGACCAUCUCCAGUGUGAUCAGCACCGGCACUGUUGACGAACCGGAUCCGAUACCCAUUUCCAACAUCCGUCAUACGCACAGCACGGCAACGCCUCUAACGGACACAGUCCUCGACCAGCAGAGCCGCAAACGCAAUCUACGGGAUACACACCUGCCAUUAUUCCGCAUCGACCGUCCAGUGGUCCGUUCGCGGUCCCCAUUGAACCAGACUCCAGGUGUGGGACAGACGGAUGAGCCAGAGAGACCCGUGAAUUUGAUUGCCCAUGACAAAAGUACCGGGGCUGAACGGCGUGCGAGCUAA